AUGUCCAUCGAAAACCUCAAGACCUUCGACCCCUUCGCCGAAGCUGACGAAGACACCGGCGAGACUAAACAGUCUCAAAACUACAUCCACAUACGGAUUCAGCAGCGCAAUGGUCGAAAGACUCUGACCACCGUGCAGGGUCUUCCUAAGAAGUUUGAUCAGAAGAAGAUCUUGAAGGUGAUCAAGAAGAAGUUCGCUUGCAAUGGCACCAUCGUCAGUGACGUGGAGAUGGGCGAGGUGAUUCAGCUGCAGGGCGACCAGAGAAAAGAUGUUCAGGAGUUCUUGACCGACAAGAAGGAGGGCCUCGAGCUGGAUGCCAAGACCAUCAAGGUAUGUCGCCGUCGACACUCCCACUUUGACUUCAAUUCUAAUCCGUGCCGUGUCUAG